GAGAUUCCGGCUUCUGCCGCUGAGCUGCCCGCUCCUGCCGAGCUGCUGAGGGGAAGAGGAGGAAACAUGAGCUCCAGGAAAGUGAUGGCCAUCCAGGCCAGGAAAAGGAGGCCGAAGGGGAAGAAAGACAGAGCGGGUCACCAUCGGAGGCCUGAGACCCAGCAGAAAGCCCCGGUGAGUGCCCCUCCUCCCCCACCGCCCCCUCCACCUCCCCCCGAGCCGGCGGGGCCCCCAGAGCCGGAGGAGGAGAUCCUGGGCUCCGACGAUGAGGAGCAGGAGGACCCCGCGGACUACUGCAAAGGAGGGUACCAUCCGGUGAAGAUCGGGGAUUUGUUCAACGGGAGGUACCAUGUGAUCAGGAAGUUGGGGUGGGGCCACUUCUCCACCGUAUGGCUAUGCUGGGACAUACAAGUGAAGAACUUUGUGGCGAUGAAGGUGGUGAAGAGCGCCCAGCAUUACACAGAGACGGCCCUAGAUGAGAUCAAACUGCUGCGAUGUGUGAGAGAGAGCGACCCCACCGACCCCAACAAGGACAUGGUGGUUCAGCUGAUAGAUGACUUCAAGAUCUCUGGAGUCAAUGGCAUACAUGUGUGUAUGGUGUUUGAGGUGCUAGGUCACCACCUUCUGAAGUGGAUUAUUAAAUCCAACUACCAAGGUCUGCCGCUGCCAUGUGUCAAGAGCAUUAUCAGACAGGUCCUGCAGGGUCUGGACUACCUCCACACGAAAUGUAAAAUCAUCCACACGGACAUCAAGCCCGAGAACAUCCUGAUGUGUGUAGAUGACGCCUUUGUUAGGCGUAUGGCCAUGGAGGCGACUGAAUGGCAGAAAGCUGGAGCCCCCCCACCGUCCGGAUCAGCAGUUAGCACAGCCCCCCAGCUCAAACCGGUGAGUACAACAGAUGUGGGGAAAAUCUCCAAGAACAAGAAGAAGAAGCUGAAGAAGAAGCAGAAGCGGCAGGCAGAGCUGCUGGAGCGGCGGAUGCUGGAGAUCGAAGCCCUGGAGAGAGAGGCCGAGAAGAGGGAGGAGCGAGCCAAAGACGGGGGAGAGAAAGAGGAGCACGAACACAACCCGUCCUCACCUGUGCAGCCGCGGCCACCACAGCUGGGCCCCAGCAUGGCUCUGGGAGAGAGCGACGAGGACGACGAUGAGGAGGAGGAUGGGGAAGAUGAGGAGGAGGAGGGAGGAGAGAGAGAGAGGCCAAUCAGGUUGACUAAUCAUACAUGUGCGGCACCUCCUCAGGAGCAGAGCAAGGAGCCCCGCAUCACCGAAGAUGACCCCGAUGACGAGGUGGAAGAGGAGGAGGAGCCCACGCCUGUCGCUGAAAAGGAUGCCCCCAUUCCUCCCACUACAGAAGAAGGUAAUGGAGAUCCAACACAAGCAGAGGACGAGGACGAGGAAGGGGAGGAGGAGGAGGAGGAGGAUCAGGAUGAAAAGGGAUUAAAAGAGGCAGAGGAUGAGAAUGAGGAAGAGGAGGUGGAGGAGAAGGUAGAGGAGGAGGAGGAGGAGGACGAUGAGGAAGAAGACGAAGAGGAGGAGGAAGAGGAGGAAAAAGAGACUGAAAGAGGGGAGACUGAGACAGAGGAGCCAAAGACUGAGAGCAAGACAGAGGAGGAGGCAGUGGUAGAAGAAGCGGAGUCAAAGGAGCAGGAGGUUGAGGAUGAGGAGGACGAGGAGGAGGAGGAGGAGGAGGAGGAGGAAGAUGAGGACGACGACACGACCGCAGAACUCUUCACGGAGAACACCUCCCCUGUCAAACCGCACAACAACAAAACCAUUUUGGCCAAAACCAACGGUCACGUUUUGUUGGGAUCUGAGGGACUGAAACCAAACCCCGGCAAUCCUGCUUCACCCACGCCAACCCCCGAGCCUCUCCUCUGCCCCCUGGUGGAGUCCGAGCUCAGCUAUACGGACAGGGACAACUCUCUCAGCUCCGGUUAUGAGAUGUAUAACGGCGACCUGGGCGAGCCGGGGUUGACCAACGGUGGCAGUGACCGCUAUCGGGGCACCAUUCCAAUCUUCCCUGACUUGCCCCUGGAUCCUGUGCCAGGAAACCCCACUUCUGUUGCCACAGCAGACAUUGGAGCAGGCCCGUCACCCAACAGCCCAGCUGCUGACCGCAGUCGCACCGUGUCGUCCUCAAGCACAGGAGAUACACCCAAAGUCAGGGCCCGAGCUGCAGAUCUCCUGAUCAACCCACUGGACCCGCGCAAUGCUGAGUCUAUUCGGGUUAAAAUCGCUGAUCUUGGAAAUGCCUGCUGGGUGCACAAGCACUUUACAGAAGACAUCCAGACGAGACAGUAUCGUUCCAUUGAAGUCCUGAUAGGAGCUGGUUACAGCACUCCUGCAGACAUCUGGAGUACUGCCUGCAUGGCUUUUGAGCUGGCUACUGGAGAUUACUUGUUUGAGCCCCACUCUGGAGAGGACUACUCCCGUGAUGAGGACCACAUAGCCCACAUCAUAGAGCUGCUGGGCUGUAUUCCGAGGCACUUUGCGCUCUCUGGAAAAUAUUCCCGGGAGUUCUUCAACCGAAGAGGUGAGCUGCGGCACAUCACCAAGCUGAAGCCGUGGUCCCUGUUUGACGUGCUGGUGGAGAAGUACGGCUGGGCGCACGAAGACGCCGGCCACUUCACCCACUUCCUUCUGCCCAUGCUGGAGAUGGUUCCCGAAAAGAGGGCUUCGGCCGGCGAAUGCCUCAACCACCCCUGGCUCAACUCGUAGCCACAAUCUCCGAUCAGACACCCUCCUCCCCAUGUCCCCCAACAGUUAGCCCAAACAUCAACCCCCUGGUGGCAGCCGUAGGUACAACAGCGAGGAGAGAAGCUGGAGGCAAACAGAGUUGGAGUAGAUGAUUAAGACUUAUUCUUUCUUGCCCUUUCUGACACAUCCACUACAUGCUUAUCUGAGUAGGCUUAGCCCCACACAUCGCCUCAUCUAUUCCCAUAAGGAAUGUAAAGACACGAUUAUGGAGAUAACAGACAGUGGCUGUGUCUUCCAAAGCAUCCUCUAAAAAAAAGAGAGAAUUUGAAGAAGGAUGCUGCUCACCCAACAUGGAGAAAUCAAGCUCUGUCUAAAAGCAAUUUUUUUCUUCUCUUCUGCCGUAAAGAUGUCAGCCAGUCCCUUCCAUCUAAUCUCCUAUGAAUUCCCGGUUUUUACCUUGUUUGGAUCCAGUCAUGGGCCACUGGUGAGCUUUUCAGUGACGUGAAAGAAAUGACAACGAGAAGUGUAAUCGCAGUGCUGACAGCCCAGAGCUCCAUCUGCUAUGACCUUUACACAGCCAGGGCCUCAAAGACAGACACGUUUGUGUCAUUUUGAGAGAGAUAAUGAGCGCUUGUGCCUGUGCUCAUGAUCUGCCUAAAUGGACGCCUCUCUUUCCAGCCCAGUUUCCCCUUCUUCACCCUGCUAUGGAAGAAACACCCACAUCAAACUAAAAGUUUACAUCCUGAUUUCUUCCAUCCAAACCCAUAAAUCCCUUCUCACCUGUUUGGUUUCCCCCUCCUCUUAAAUGAGCUGCAUCCUCCUGCCGGGGGCCACCUCAGAGAACUGGAGGGCAGCCAGUCCUCCAGGGGGCACCACACUGACAGUUGCCGCUCUGAUAAAGGCAGACAAGAAAAAGUGGGGGAUGAGGGAAAAACAAAAACACAAUCAGAUUAGCACGGAGGAGGACUGCUUUAGACUAUUUUUAAAAUGCAUGGAGAGACUGAUGGAUCAGCAUGAAUGGAUAUGACAAAUGGACGAUGGAUGCGUUAUUUUAUUUGUGCAUUUCUUUCCUGUUUCAUCGCCUCUCUUGGACAUUCUGUUAGAAAGAAUUAUGUUAGGAUAUUUUGGUGCCCCCCUCUGCGAAAGGAUGUUACAACCCCUUCUUCUCCAGCUUUUGACAUUCCUAAAUCCUCUGCCAUCAUUCCUGACUUAUAUUCCUGAGAACAAUUCUGUCCUGUUGUGGCACGUUUACCUGAUCUGAUUGGUACUAUUCCCCCUUUUUUUCCAUUAUAGAGGAACCCUGUUAUCCCCCGAGCUACUCCAGAAAGGGGACAGUCACAUGGAGGUUGCACUUGUCUUUGUAGAUGUCCUUCAGGGAUUUGAAACCUUUGUACAUAGAACUGAGAUCUCGCAACGCAGAUAAGAAACCGUGGACAAAGUUUCAACACACAAGCAUCAUUCCAAAAAAAAAGAUACAAACACAGGCUGUUGUUGGCAUAUCUUGACUUCCUCUGAUACGGCGGGGGGGGGGGGGGGGGACAGGUGGGCCGCCAUAGCUGCGGCCCUGGAGGAAUGUUCAGACUGAACUGUGCCACCCGGUGGCUGAAUGAGAGUACCGCAUUGCCACACACACUGCUGCUGCUCUCAGUGCCAACGCUCCAAGACGUUCCACUAUAUCUCUCCACUUAAUCUCUAUUUCUCUGUCUCUCUCUCUCUCUCACACACACACACACACACACAGACAAAAACUUGCAUCAUCACAGUUAGUCCAGUUGCCUAUUUUUCGCAAUAAAUGAAAAAAGAUGAGUAUAAGUAAAUGGUGAGAUAUUUUUAAAAACUAUUUAAUUCAUUAAAAAAAGAGGAAAAAAAAAAAGAAAACAACUUUUCUCUGGUUGUUGUGACCGUGACAGAAUCUCGUCUUAUACUGAGGUGAUUGUGUUUGUCUUUUAGAGAUGUUUUUAUUUCUUUUGUCAUCAUCAUCAUAUAAUUAUUAUUAUAAUUAAUUAUU